UCCGCUCUUUCUUAUUGUUUUAAAUAUUAAUUUGAAUUAGGCAAAUUUUGGUUGACUUUUAAAAGUUUUUAAUUUUUGAAAUCGUUACGUGUAAUGGAGCCUUAAGAUGCAUUUCGAAACGCAUGCGCAAAAAUGUGUACACAUAUUUCUCCCAAAUUCAGUAGUCGAAGACGUACCUUUUCAGGAGUAGCAGCGAAAAAUAUUCUUAAGAUAGUUUUUAAGUUUAAAUUCAUUUUACAUAUAUGUGAAAAAUUUUAUUAAAUAAUUCGCCCGUUAUUAAAUAUAAUAUUGUUCUUUGGAAACCUUAGUGAAUGUUAUUUAAUUGUAAAUGCUCAUGCAACAUUGCAUUCUCUUUUGUCUGCAAAAUUGUAUGUGCAUGUAUGCAUUUGAAAAAUUUAAGUCUAGUCUGUUAAGUUAAUUAAGAUAUUGUUGAGUAGUCUAGGCAGAAAAACUUUUUCAAAAGUACCAGUUUAGACAGUUUUUAUACACAAAUUUUAUGAUAUGUAUACAUAUGAAAUAUGAAUACUCUAUUUAUCCAUAUACCCCUUGGAAUAAUCAAUGCCCCCAACGAAUACAGACAAUGCAAAUUUACGACCAUACACAAUAUUAAAUAUAUAUUAAUAUUUAUUCGCCUUUACACAAAAAGCUCAUGUAUAUCGAAUAUAAUACUAUUUUUGCAGGAACUUCGAAUGUGAUGAAAACUAUACCUAAAGUCAUAUCUUUUCUAUACCUUUCUUCUUUUCCUAUAAAACAUUUAAUACUUAAUAUGUAUUUCACAAUUUUCAUAUAUUCUUAUUUUAGGUGCUUACAAUGACAUGGCUAUAUAAUUUUUCAUUACAGGAAUUUGAGUAUAGAAUUCGUAAAACGGUCCUGUCUGCAAAAUUCAUAUACUCCUCCAUUCAAGUUCAUCCUAUAUCUAACAAGUACGUCCGUUUGUUUGUCCGUCCGCUAGUUUGUCCGUUCGUUUGUUUGUCUGUCCGUUUGUUUGUCGUUUGUUUAGCCGUCCGUCUGUUUGUUUGUCAGGCUGUGUGUUUAUAUGUUGCUUUUUUUGCAUAAUAAGUUGUGUCUGGUUUCCUUGCCACCUAUGCAAACCCCUUCUGAGAUCUUAAACUUGUAAUGUGCAUAAAUAUGAUAAAUGCUUUCUAUGAAUUUAUUAUUUACAGAUUAACUGCACAAAACCGGAUGACGUUGCAAUUUUUUUGUAACAUUUAAAAUUAAAUCAAAUAUUUAAAGAAUGUUUAAUUUAAUUUACAAUGAACUCAUUUAACACUGGGCCUAUAAUUUUAGUAGGGGUUAAUCCUUAUAAAUCUUAUAUGCCCCAAGUUGUUAAAUAUUCAUAACUUUUAGAGAAAGUAUCAUCUCAAUGAUAGUACGCGAAAAACUAGCUGAAAUUAAAUAGGUGAUUCGGAGUUUUACAGGAAAGGCGGCAUAUGAGAAAAGAUAGUUUUAUUGAAAUGACACCUAAUGACAGACGAAGAAGAGAUUAUUUCUGUGUAUUUGCAUAUGCCCAUCUCUUGGGAUCAAUGCUAAUGAUUAUAAAUUUCAGUUUUAAAAACAUGCAUCGGAUACAUGACGACGAGUAUUCCGACGAUGCCAAGGAAUCGGACUUCAAGGGUUCGAUUCAGAAGGAGAUAUCAGUGAAGGCGCGACACCAAAUUUCCAUACCAGACAUAUGCUCAGAUGCUGUCAAGAACAAUUGCUUUCCGCCGACUGGCUUUCUCAAUAGCUCGAUCGCCUUUGCCUCACAUGUUGUUAAGUGCAGCUCACCGGCCUCGAGCGUCGAUGAAUCCUCAACAGCGGCCCAGCAGCACGAAUCCAAUCCCCACAUGCACAUACAGGGUCAGCAUAUGAUGGCUCCCGUUCCCGAUCUCGGUUUCUACAAUGUGCCCGAGUUUAUAUCCGAGCAGGAGAAGCUCAUGUUCUCCGACGCGGAGAGGUUCAUGCGGUCGAAGGAUAAUGAGGUGUGCAACAAUGAUUUCAGCUAUAUGCACGAUGAGUUCGCCAUGCGCAAGUACUAUCAUCCGUUAUUUGCUCAUGGCAUAUGCCGCUGGCCUGGUUGCGAAAUGGAUCUGGAGGACAUCACAUCGUUUGUCAAGCAUCUGAAUACGGAACAUGGUUUGGACGAUCGAUCAACUGCACAGGCUCGGGUUCAAAUGCAAGUUGUCUCCCAGCUGGAAUCGCACCUGCAAAAGGAAAGAGAUCGCUUGCAGGCAAUGAUGCAUCACUUGUAUUUGUCCAAGCAACUUUUGUCACCCACCAAAAUCGAUAGGAAGGACGUGCCCGGAAGAGAGGGAAAGUUUUGCCGGAGUCCGCUAACCGUGAAUAGCAUUGGCCGACCCAUCCGCCAAACAAACUCACCAAGUCCUCUGAAUCUUCCAAUGGUUAAUUCUACCAACUUGUGCUCGAUCAAAAAGAGAAACCACGACAAAAAUACAUUUUCCAUAAAUGGGGGAUUACCCUAUAUGCUUGAAAGAGCCGGUCUUGAUGUGCAACAGGAAUUUACAUUUUCAGAAAUCCAUCGAAACAGAGAGUUUUAUAAGAACGCUGAUGUACGACCGCCUUUUACUUAUGCUUCCCUCAUAAGACAGGCUAUAAUUGACUCCCCUGACAAGCAGUUAACCCUAAACGAAAUCUACAACUGGUUCCAAAACACAUUUUGCUACUUUCGGCGCAACGCAGCUACGUGGAAGGUAAAAUGGCUCAUAUAAAUAUUCUGUCCUCCAUAUUAUCUAUAUAUUUAUGCAACAGAACUUUAAUUUAAAUAUUUAUGCUAUAUAUGAUAUGAUAUCUAUACCAUUUGUCCGUCCGUAUAAAGUUCGUUUGUCCGAUUGGCGUUCCUAGCUUGUCCGCUGUAUAUAUACUACCUUUUCCACAUUGUCCAACACUUUGCCAAUAUUUUAGAGUAUGAUAGAUCUAAAUAUAAGUGAUAUAUAACAAGGUAAGCUACACAGGUCUGACCCUGUUUUAUUCCAUUUCCUAUUUAUAUGUCUUAAGAUAAUCAAAUUAAGUUUGGUCUAUGCUAACUGAUAAUAUAUACCAAUAGAACGCAGUCCGGCACAAUCUGUCCCUUCAUAAGUGCUUUAUGCGGGUUGAGAAUGUGAAAGGAGCAGUUUGGACUGUCGACGAGAUUGAGUUUUACAAAAGACGACCGCAGCGCACUGCUGGCAUUGGUAACAACCUAACUGGUGCUACCAAUUCGCCGGACACUAACUAUUUUGUAGCCAUGAACAUUGGGUAUGUGGGCCUCAAAUAGAGUUUAAUACUACUCACUUUGCUCCAAACUCCUUCCAUUUUGCUCUGUUAGUAAAUAUACAUAUGCCAUUGCAUGCAUGAUCCUAUAUCGAAAUGAUAUAAUAUGACAUUAUACGAUCUUUUUACAGCGCAUAUUGUAAACAGUGACUCUAAUCUCUUAGUGGUAGAAGCCCAAAAUGAUGUCCGUCUGCUCAUCGGUCUGUCUGUCUGUCUGUCUGCCUGUCCAGGAACUUAGCUGGUGAAGAUUAUCCAGGUUUUCGCGUGCAAUGAAAAAUGAAAAUAAGAAGACCGAAGACAAAUGAACUAACCUUAUUAUCUCAAUGAACUUUUUCUUCCUUUCACGAUAAUGCAAUUUCCUGUUUCUGACUCUUGAUGGGGCUCUUGUUUUGUCCAACCAAUCAUAAAGAAUGCGAUUCGUACGAACCUUUCCUUACACAAGUGCUUUGUACGUUACGAAGAUGACUUUGGCUCGUUUU